UCCUUCAACUUUGAUACCUGGGGCAAUGCUUUUUGCGCUAUGCUGGUUGUGGCUCAGGAAUGAAUUUGGGGUUCAGUCAGUAAGCAGAGCUAGGUCUCAAUCUAGGGCCAUGGUCUGAGCUCAAUCUCAGGCUGGAAAGAGGGUUAAGCUUCAGACCUGGAUUGCUCAUGUACAGAUUCAGUUGGGGAUAUUAUAUGCUACUGGGGCUCUGUCUGUGGUGUGGUCAGGGGUCAUAGGAACACAGAUCUGGAGCUGACAAGGUCCUGAGAGGUCAUCAAACCCCUCAUGGAGGCCCAGCCAGAGGAGGUAGUGUCACAAAAAGGGAUGGAAUCCUUGGCAGGACCCUGGAUGCCUUCACUCAAGUACUGCAGUGUGACCACGGCCCAGAAGGGUCCCUGCUGCACCAAUGCCUCUGCUCACUGGAACACCCUCUCCACCUGUCCUCUUGUAUUCCAGGUUCCCUGUUUUAUCAGACAUCCCUCCGUUGCAAGGUGUGCCUGGGGUCGGCCAGAUCUGCACAUGACUGACCUGCAAAGGAAGGGGCCAGGCCUACCAGAGGGACCAGAGGAUGGUGACACACCUGUUCUUGCCAGAAGGGAAUCAGAUGGCUUUUACUACAGGGCUCAGAUAAAACAAACACCAGAGCUGGGGAGGCAGGGCCAACUCCUUGUAGAGUUUGAGGCCCCCCACGCCACAGGUCCAAUGUCCCCAGGCCCACUACAGAGAACAUCUCCAGAGGACAUCAUCCAGCACUCAUGGGCUCUAAAACACUCCCUGCUGCCUGGAGACAAGGUUCUGGCACCCUGGGAACCAAAGCAAGAGAGAUAUGGUCCAGGCACUGUGGUGCAAGGCUUGGAGACCAGAGACCCUCAGAGAGCCUCAGAGGAUGGAGAAAUCACAGUUUGCUUUUGGAAUGGCAAGACAGCCAGAGUACCCUCUGGGGUAGCCAUAUGGAUACCCCCAGCUGAUUGGGAGAAGGCCGUGGAGAUGUUGCACAAGUCAUUAAAUACCAGUGGGCUGAAGCCUGGAGAGCAUUUUAGCACCAUCCCCUGGACUCCCCCAUGCCCUCUCCUGGGAUCUGCCCUUGGGUAUACGAAGGAUGGGCUUCUUCUGGGCUCGCCCUUGUGCCCUCCCCAGUCCCACAACCACUGUCCACUGCUGCCUGAUGGCUGCCUCUGCUGCUGUUCCUUAGCCUGUCGUACCUGGUGGCCUCUGAGCAGGACAUUCGAGGUCAUAAGUGGGGACCACCUAGAGCCAGAGCCGAAACCCACAGCACAGGUUCUGGAGUUAGACAAUCCCAGAAACAAAAAAGUGGCUGCUCCUGUUUGCGUGGAUGCUACUUCUUCCUCCUCCUCUUCUUCCUAUUCCUUUCCUUCUGAAGAGGAGGAUUCAGAGAGUGAUCUGAAGAAAGCUCUUCCUCAAAGAAUGAUGGUGGACAGCACUGUCAACACUGACACCAGCCUUUUUGAGAAGCCCCUGAGACAGAAGGUCCUCAGCCAGCCUUGCUGGAAAUACUGGAAGAGAAGUGGCCUAGAGCCCAGUCAUAGAAAACCAGGUAAAGAGUCACAGAGGAAACAGAGACAUCCGAGACUGAAGAGCUGAUCUACUCGGGUCCUUUCCACUACCUGAAAUAACACCUUCAGUAUCUUGGCACAAUUCAUACUAACUCACUCUAGGGUGUAGGAACAAAGUGUUUGUUGCAUCAUCAUGGGGGAAAGAGGCAGCCAAAGGAGAAGCUGGAACACAUGUAGUGGGGAAAGCUGAGGCACUGGGAUGGCAAGAAAUGGGCCUGAAACCAGAGCAGACUCUGCCUGGGGAGGAAGAGGCUGAGCAGAACGAAGCAGGCUCAAGGCAGAGAACUAGAGCAUUUCUGUAAGAACAAAGCCUGGAGGUCCCAGGUAAUGCAGAGGGGACUAAACAUUGCUCAGAGGCCCCACAGGAUAUUAUUUCAAGGUAGUAAGAGAACUCCAAACUGUAGAUGAAGAUUCCUUUCCUAAAAACAUAGCAUGUCAGACAUGGCAGGGAUCUGAAAUAAUCCGUCCAACAUGCUGAUUUUGAAGAGGAGGAAACUGAGGCACACAAAGGGGAAGAAGUUUGGGGCCAAAGUCCAUAGUAAGUUAAGGUGCUGAGCUGGGCCUUGAGCCCAGGUCUCCUGUCUCCCAGUCUGGAGUCCUUUCCACUUUGCCAGUCUGCCUAUCUAGGCUCCUCUUCAUUAGAGAAAUAUGAAAUACAAUGUUAGGGCCAUUAUUUUUAAUCUCGUAGGAAAUACCAAGAGAUAAAAGUCAUUCAUCUAAUAGCUUAAAAAAAAGCUUUCUAGAAACCAAAAAUGUAGGGCCAAGAUCAUGAGUGAUAUUGACAAUGGACAUACUUAUUGUCCACAUGAUGGGGUUCAUUUCCUGCCUUGUUUUGCUAGAGUUCUCUCACCCCAACGAAUCCAUGAGAGGUCUCUGCCAUAUUAUAUUGCCUUUUAUUCUUUGCAGGUGGUUUUGUGAAAGGGGAUGCAUGAGCUGAUCAGAUUUUAUAUACAUGCAAUGUUUCUAUAACAGUAACUACAGGGUAUUUGUUUUGUGCAAGUGUGUCUCCAGUCUCACUUUUUAUAAGGUGGCCUAGACCACUUUGUAGGGUGUU